AUGCACAUCAAGACGCGCCAAAGUGGACUGCAACCUUGUGAGGCCGUUCUUGUGGCCUCCGUUCGGGCGCUCAAGUGGCAUGGCGGGGCCAACCGGCGUGAUCUGGCCACACCCAACCCGGAGGCGGUAACCGCCGGCGGUUCCAAUCUCGCCCACCACAUUGACAUCGUGCGUGGGUUUGGACUCCCUUGCGUGGUGGCUAUUAACCGGUUUGGGACUGACAGCCCUGAGGAACUGGAUGCCGUCCGCACCAUUGCCAUGGAGGCCGGCGCAGAUGCGGCGGUGGAAGCCGACGGAUUCGCCCGUGGUGGCGAAGGAAUGACAGACCUGGCGGAAGCCGUAGUCAAGGCUGCCGAGAGCACGCCCGAUGUCACCUACGCCUAUCCGCUGGAAGCCCCGGUGGAAGACAAGGUGCUGUCGCUGGCCCAGCGGGUUUACCAUGCGGACAGCGUCAGUUGGUCGGCGGAAGCCCGGCGCCGCCUGCGCCAGUUCGAAGCCCAGGGCUGGGGCAAUCUGCCCAUCUGCAUGGCCAAGACCCACCUUUCCACGUCCCACGACCCCACAUUGCGGGGCAGCCCAUCCGGUUAUACCUUCCCCAUAGCCGACAUCCGCGCUUCGGUGGCGCGGGCUUCCUCUACGCCCUGGCCGGCCGUAUUGAAACCCUGCCCGGCCUGCCCACUCGUCCAAGAGCCAUGGACAUGGACGUAUCGCCGGACGGCGAGGUUGUCGGCCUGUAAUUGA